GCUUAUCUUAUCUUAGUUGAACUGGUUCACGUUAUCCGUGUAAAAUCGGUGACUUCAUCUGAAAGAGCUAGAGCUAGGGUUAGGGGUUAGAGUCAAAGAUAGAUAACUCUGCUAUAGCUAAUUUUAUUUAAUUUUUUUUUUAGUCUACUGGCUAGCUAGUGUUUACUAGCUUUAGAAUUUAAGCCGAGCUCUCUGCUUAGAACAUUUUGUCAACUCCUUUACAUUCAGUUAGCAGACGGUCGGAAUUCCAGUGAAUUAUGAUGCAUUAUUACAUUCAGUUAAAUACGCCUUAUAUGAGUAUACCGGCUAGGCGAGUUAGACGAAGCAAGUGGGCGUUGAUGAGUGUGUUCACCGAAACACUGACAUUAUUCUUUAGAAAGCCACGUGUCUGUACUGGUAUAACUCUGUUAUUGUUUAGAAAACCACGUGUCGGUACUGCGUUUGUUGACCUGAAGCCACAGGACCCUUUAGUAGCCAUUGUAUCCGCCAGCCUAAAAUUCUACAAAUUCGCUGGUAAAGCUAAGAUAGCUUUCUAAAUAAAUAUAUAGGGAAAAAAAUAUAAUAUAAUUUUACUCUGGAUUAACGGGAAAUCGAGAAAGAUUCAUUUGAAGAGAAGGCUAUUUUGUACAUUGGGUUGAGUUGCGCCCAGAUUGCGACAGGAUGCAGGAUGUGCAGCGGAUGUACGAUACGCGUCACACCGGAUGUCGUCUGGUGUGAUCUAGCAGGCUAGCCGACGUUAGUCCACCAGGUGUUGCUUUCCAAAAUCAAGUGACCCUGUUAGACUUGGCGAUUUUGCCGGUGAUGUACAUGAAGUAGAGCGUCUGUGCUUAUAUGGCCGUGGGUAGCUGGUAGUACGCAUGCGUGCUCUCCCGUGCUGUAGUUCUAGCUGCUGAGUGAUGGCGUGUAGUUAACCAGCUGUUUAUUCCUCUAAACGUCUUUUAUAUUAUUUCUUUGUCACUUAUUCCUUGCUGGAAAUCGCGGUGUGCUUGACUAUUGUCUGUUUACCCUUCACAGAGAGGGAAGUGGUGGAUUUGGACGUGGGGUCUUGUGAGAGAAAGGAGUGAGUUGUUCUGCUGUCCAGGCAUGGAAACAGAUUCACAUUAAGGAGUGUUUGAAAUGUCUCCUGGACCUGGUGCACACGUUGGCAUCUUAGUGUGUGUGUUGUGUUGUUCGUGAUAAGAGGACCCGUGGUUCCAGAUGUGCCCAUGAAACCCCUGUUUCAGCGCCGGCUUCAGAAACUGAGGCUGUAGGGGCCAGAAUAGUGAACCCAGCGAGGUCGUGCACUCGCUCUGUGAGACGGCGUCUGCAGCACCAUGGAGUCGUACCUGUUUCCCUUCGACGGUUUGCUCUGCAUGCUUCUGGGAAUCUCCUUCACCUUGUGGUUCACUCUCCUCCUCAUCUUCAUCAUCGUACCGGCGGUCUUUGGUGUGUCCUUCGGCAUACGGAGACUCUACAUGAAGUCACUGCUCAAGAUUUUUGAGUGGGCUACGCUGCGGAUGGAGAGAGGAGCCAGAGAGAAGAACCAGCAGCUCUAUAAACCUUAUAGCAAUGGCAUCAUUGCCAAGGAGCUGGUGUCUCUGGAGCAGGAGAUCCAGGAGGUCAGGCGCAGCGGCAUUCCUGCCCCGGAGCCCGAGUUCGACAUGUCCGACAUCUUCUCCUUCUGCCGGCGCGGCGUGGAGAGCAUCGUGGACGACGAGGUGACCAAGCGCUUCACGGCCGAGGAGCUGGAGUCCUGGAACCUGCUCACACGCAGCAACUACAACUUCCAUCACAUCAGCACCAGGCUGACCGUGCUGUGGGGGGUCGGCGUGCUCGUCCGCUACGCCAUUCUACUGCCCCUCAGGGUCACUUUGGCCUUCACCGGCGUUGGGCUGCUUGUGGUUCUCACUUCUCUUAUUGGCUUGCUGCCAAAUGGAUGGGUGAAGAGCUCUCUCAGUGAGAAGGCCCAUCUGAUGUGCUACCGGAUCUGCGUGCGGGCCCUGACCGCCAUCAUCACAUACCACGACAGUGAAAACAAACCCAAAAACGGCGGGAUCUGCGUGGCCAAUCAUACGUCGCCUAUAGAUGUCAUAAUCCUGGCUAGUGACGGAUGCUAUGCGAUGGUGGGGCAGGUCCACGGCGGUCUGAUGGGAGUUAUCCAGCGAGCCAUGUUGAAAGCUUGUCCACACAUCUGGUUUGAGCGGUCUGAAGUGAAAGACAGACACCUAGUGGCCAAACGGCUCAGUGAUCAUGUUGCAGACAAAACCAAACUGCCGAUUCUCAUUUUCCCAGAGGGCACCUGCAUUAACAACACGUCGGUGAUGAUGUUUAAGAAGGGCAGCUUUGAAAUCGGCUGCACUGUCUAUCCUGUGGCCAUAAAGUAUGACCCGCGGUUUGGGGAUGCGUUCUGGAACAGCAGUAAGUUUGGCAUGGUGAACUACCUUCUCCAUAUGAUGAGCAGCUGGGGUGUCGUCUGCAGUGUGUGGUACCUGCCGCCUAUGAGGAGAGAGGAGGGUGAGGACGCCGUCCAGUUUGCCAACCGUGUAAAGGCUGCUAUUGCUAGGAAGGGCGGCCUGGCCGACCUCUUAUGGGACGGAGGGCUAAAACGUGAGAAGGUGAAGAAGGUCUUCAAAGAGGAACAGCAGAAGAUGUACAGUAAAGUGCUGGUGGGGGUCAGCGAGGACUCGCAUGGGUCAGAGGUCGUGAGAGGCAGCGAGGACUCGCACGGGUCAGAGGUCGUGAGGGGCAGCGAGGACUUGCACGGGUCAGAGGUCGUGAGGGGCAGCGAGGACUCGCACAGGUCAGGGGGUCGUCACUGCUACGCGGCCUGGAGGGCAGGAGCCCUUGAGGAACCUGGCAGGACAUUCAUCCUGAACUGACCAGACAUGACCCCGCGUGAGCGAGACUGCUGCCUGUUUCUGGGCGUUCACUCACUGUGCACUCUCAGAGACGAUUCUUUGCACACUUUUGCACGAUAAGUCGCGGUGACGUUCAACUCUUGACAGACUUUGGUGUUCUUUGGGACUGAAUGUUACGCAGUGUUGCACCGAACUGAUUUCAUGCUGGUUUUUCUGUCUGUCUACUUUCUUUGCAGUCUGUUACAGUAGUUACACGUGUGUUGUCUAUUCCUGUGGUGCAUGUGCUUAAAGGCAGUGAUGAGCUGAUCUGUGCGUUGUUAGACACACAGUCUUACACUGGGACUCAGAAGACACAGGAGUCUUACACUGGGACUCAGACACUGUCUCUACAUGUUUGGUCGUCUUGUUUGUUUUUAAUAAAACACUAAUCAUUUUCUUUUUUUAAAA